AUGAAGAAGAACCGAAGUCAGAGCUCUGCAGACACCGGGCACAAGCUACUCCUCUGUGUUCGAGACCACGACGUGCAGCUGAAGAACACAGUAGUGUUCAAGCUGGGAUACAAGCUGGGAAGUCUGGACUGGAGAAGGAAGGACAAUGGCCACAUCGCCCACCAGCAUCUCCGUCUCAGCACUGUGCACGUCACGAGCCCUUGCGAGAAGCCAGGUCCAGGCAGAUGGGCAGCGAGGGGAGGCGGGCGAAGAGCGCAGAGGCGGGCGGAGGCGGGCACUGCGCACGGAUCCAGUGCGCGCCCCGCGGCCCCACCCCCGCCAGGUGCGGCGCUGCCUCCGCCUCCGCGUCCUGUGUUGCUUGGCAACCGGUCUCCUGGGCGACAAAGACGCUGAGCCAGGGCGGCGGCGCGGCGGGCUACAGAGACCCCAGGGCCCAUGGCGCAGAAACCGAUCAGCAUCGCGGCGGCCGAGCGCAUGAACCUCGUGGCCCAGGACGAGAUCUGGAGGUACCGCCUGAGGGCCGAGACCGAAGCACGGCAAAACUGGGCCCAGAAGUGGGGGUUUUUAACAACCCCCCUCGAGGAGCUGGCGGAGUGUGAGGACAACGCCCCCGCCCCAAAGCCCAGAAUCGAGCUUCCCCAGAGGUUCCGCAUCCGGCCGGUGACCCCAGUGGAGAAAUACAUCAAGGUGCUUCCAUCACCCCCGGUCCCCAAGACGACCCAGGGCUUCAUCGGCUGGCGGUCCGGGGUGCCCGGCCUGAACAAGUGCUUGGAGUACGACAAAGUGAUUCAGAGCUGCAAAGGGACGUAUGCCAAGGAGCUCGGCUGGCCGAAGGAGGGCAUCCACUGA